AAUGGAGCAAACGCGGGCUUUGAACGCAUUGGAGCCCUUCCUCGCCCUCAGCAAAUCCGCGACAUCCCCGCGAGCCGCCGCAGACCUCAUCACCCAAGCUACCUCCGCACCAAACACAUACGUCUUCGCCGAGCUGUUGCAGACGCCCAACAUCCAGAAGCUCAAGGAUUCGUCCGAGUAUGCAUCACAUUACACCCUUCUUGAGAUCUUUGCGUGGGGAACUUGGGAAGAUUACAAAUUACAACAGUCCUCCCUCCCCAAACUAAGCGCCCAACAACACCAAAAGCUCCUCCUCCUCUCCCUUCUUCCACUUUCCCACUCUCACGAAACCCUCACAUACACAUCCCUCCUUGCCGCUCUUGAUCUCCCCACAACCCGAAGCCUCGAAGAACUCAUAACAUCCGCAAUCUACGCUGGCCUCCUCACCGCCACCCUCGACCCCGCCCACUCUCUCGUAGCCGUAACAUCUGUAGCGCCGCUACGCGAUCUAGCUCCAGGAUCGCUGCCCGCCAUGCAAGCUGCGCUGGCGAGCUGGUCAAAUCGCUGCGACGCCGCGCUGCUGGAUCUCGAGGCCCGCGUUGCUGAGGUCCGCAAGGCCGCUAUCGAUCGCGAGAAGACGAGGCGCAAGAAGGAAAGGGUGCAGGAGGUAGCAAUGAUGAGUAUGGAGGAGAAGGGCGGUCAAAAGCGUAGCGUGAGUGGCCUAGGCGAUGAAGAUAUUAUGGACAUUGAUCAAGAGUCGGGCAGUGGUCGCACAUUCAGGGGGGCGAAGAGGGGCCCUGGAGGGUCUUUCGGAGGCACGUUUAGUGGGUUGGGUCGUAGACUCAAUUGAG